AUGGCCGGGCAGCUGAUAUCCCGGUACUUCCCUGCGGGCCUCCACGCCCUGAAAGCUUCUUUCUGCCCUCCAACGUCUCCGGCUUGCAAACUGGGGGCGAUUCCGCGGAAACUGAUGGCCUCCCCUGAAAACCCACGGCAUCCGCUCAACUUCCUGGGCUCAAGGCCUUUCAGCUCAUCCCAAGCGGUUGGCCGUGGCAGGGACUUGAAUGAGAGUCGCCCCGCCAGCUCCUCUGAAACCGUCACAGAAGAGGAAGCUGACACGGAGGAAGGCUUUGGCACGCUGUCUGAAAAGUUUUCUUCCCGGCGCUUUUUUUAUAAAGCAAAGACAGAGCUUCACGACUUACAGCUCCGAACGCAGGGAGUGGCAGCUGAGGAGGAGGAAGAGCUGAGGCCACCACCCAGACGAGGCCGUCGGAACACUCCUUAUUGGUACUUCUUACGUUGCAAGGCGUUGAUCAAGGAAGAUAAGUUGGCCGAGGCCCUGGACCUGUUUGAGGUGCAGAUGCUGAAGGAAGAGCGCCUCCAGCCAGAGGAGAGCAAUUACACGGUGCUGAUUGGCGGCUGCGGCAGGGCUGGCUACGUGAAGAAGGCGUUCAAGCUCUAUAAUGACAUGAAAAAGCGAGGCUUGGUCCCCACCGACGCCACCUACACAGCCCUCUUCAACGCCUGCGCGGAAUCGCCCUGGAAAGAUUCAGGCUUACAGAACGCGCUCAGGUUGCAGCAGCAGCUGAGGGACUGUAAUCUGGAGCUGAACGUCAUCAGCUAUCAGGCGCUGUUGAAAGUCUGUGCCUUCUGCUCAGAUCUCCGGACGUGCUUUGAGGUGUUCAAGGAAAUGAUCCAGAAAGGCCACAGCGUCACCACGGAGACUUUCAACUUUUUGCUGAUGGGGUGCAUAAAAGACAAAGAGAACGGUUUCCGAUACGCCUUGCAGCUGUGGCGGCAGAUGGCGAAACUGGACGUCAAACCCGACAGCUACACCUACAACUUGAUGCUGGCGGCUGCCAGAGGCUGCGGCCUGGGCGACCCCCUCGUAGCUUCAGAGCUGUUGCUGAGAGCUCCCGAGGAGAGCCCAGCGAUGCCAAGACUGAGACAAAGGCGGAAGACAAAGGGUCACAGGGGGAAGGAACCGGGCCCUGGAGUUGGGCUGCAGUUAGAUGUAGAAGUGCUGGAAAGAUGCAUGUUUCCGGAGGAUUCCAGAAAACCUGCGGAGCCUUUUCUCAGCCAAGAAACCAGAGCAGGCAAGACUAUUGCAGAGGAAGACCUCACCGAUGAUUCUACUGGGCCGGAUUCCAAGACAUCUGAGAAUUCGCUGAUCUCAAAUCAGUACCAGCUCGUUCCAAGUUUUGCAGGAGUGAACGUGGGUUUCUCCAUGGGUGCUGGCUCUCCUCCCAACUUGCUGGACUUGCCGAGCCCGAACGGCAACCUGAUUUCUUUAGGGACGGUGGCCACGGCCUCCGACAGGCUGGCUCUGAUGGGGAACCUGGAGGGCUUCUUAAAGAAAAUGAAGGAGGACAACGUGGCAGGCAACAUCAAAACUUUCACGCUUCUGGCCGAGCUGGUGGAGCCCAACAGCCCGUCAGAAUCUUCCUUGUUGACAGUGAUAAAGGAGCACAAGGUGAAGCCCGAUCUGACCUUCUUCAAUACGUUGGUGAGGAAGAAGAGCAAGCGAGCGGAUCUGGAUGGAGCAAAGAGCCUGCUGCCCAUUCUGGCGAAGGAAGGACUACACCCGGACCUGCACACUUUUUGCAACUUGGCGAUAGCUUGCCACAAACAGAAGGACGGACUGCAGUUACUCUCCGACAUGAAGCAAUUGGGGAUAAAUCCAAACAUCCACAUCUAUGGCGCACUGCUCAAUGCAGCUGUGAAGAAGCUGGACUAUGCGUACCUCAUUGAGAUCCUCAGGGACAUGAGGAACACACAGACGGCCCCAAAUGAAUUUGUCUUGCAGAUGCUAGAGUUUGCUGCUCAGUAUCCUCCAGACUUUGACCGAUACAAGAGAAAAGACCGCUAUCUGGAAAAAAUUGACGGCUUCAGAGCAUACUAUUUCCGCUGGCUGAAGUGGAUGGGAGCAGAGGAGCAGCCGCACCCAUGGGCCAAAUACAGAACGGGAAAGCGGUCGCCAAGCAAAGCCAGUGCAGGAGACGAAUGA